AUGAAGAACUACGCUGCUCUCGGCGCGUUCCUGGCGCUCGCCCAGCAGGCCAUGGCCAACCUCGACGUUGUCAGCCUCACUGCCACCUCUGAGGCUUGGAUCAAGGAGGCUACCGCCACCCUCGUCCUCCCGAAGACUCCUGAGUCCAUCACUGGUGAUGUUUCCUUCUGGAGUGCCAUCAUGAUGGAGAACGAGGCCUCGUUCCUUCAGGGUGUUACCGAGAACGCGCCUCAGGGUCUGGGCUACUGCGAAAACCUUGGAAGCCAAUGGUGCAACUUUGCCUACUGUCUCGUCGGCUCCAACCCCACCGUUGGCGAUCCCGUCAAGGCCUCCGCUGGAUCCAAGGUUACGACGCACUACAAGUAUAACUCUGAGACGACUAUGUGGGACCAGGACGUCUACGUUGAUGAUGAGCUCGUCUCCAACGUCUCUACCAGCAAGGGCCAGCACGGUUGGCUGUUUUACAUCUCCGUCGAGUGUGCCAGCGGCACUUGCGACACCGCUCCCGCACACAGCUGGGAGGAUGUUUCCAUCGUCCUGAACGAGGCCAACCCGAACUUCAAGCACGAGGGAAGCUGGGACCAGGGCGCGACCGGUGGCGAGAUGUCUACCACCGACGGUGGCAAGACCUGGAACUUCUCUACCCUCAAGAUCCCCGCUCUUGAUGUGCAGUACAACGCUUAG